GGGGAACAGCGGAGCGACGGCGGCGGCGGCGGUGAGCUGCAGGCUGCGCGCUGGGGUGGAGGAAGGGCAGCAAGCUAACGCAGUCGACGGCCGGCGGUCGGGAGCAGCAUCAUCGUCGGGCAAAGUCAGAUCUUGGCCAGUGCUCGCUCGCCAUUCUAAAGAUUGAGCUGUUUCGAUUCGUUGCUACCCACGAGGCAUGCCUUCGCCGCUGAGGAACAUGCCGGCGGUGGCCGCCGCGGCGACGGAGUGCCGGCUCAGCGGAAAAGCGGUUGCCAGGCAAGGCAUCAUCGCCGGCAAAGAUCACAAGUGCUUUGUGCGCCUGCACGGCGACCUGAUCGUGAGCUACCGGAUGCGCGCGGUGGGAGGGUCCAAGAGACCCAGGCUCCUGCACGAGGAGGCUCCCAAGAAAUUCGACAAACUCUUUGAGCUCUUCAAUGUUCAAUCCGGAAGCCUUCUUCCAGAGCUACGUGGCCUGCCGCGACGCCAUCCACCAGAUGCUCGCGCAGACGCCGCUCGUCAGCGAGUUCGACCUCGCCCCCGACAACUGGGACGACUUCCUGCCCCACGAUCUGGCCACGCUCAUCGUGGGCGUGGCUCGGCGCGACGCCGAUGAACAGGGGGGCGUCGCCCUUCGCUACAACGUCCACGUGGACCUCACCAUCUGGGUCAAGAUCGUCUACAGCGAGCACAAGGCGCUGCUCCUUGCCUGUAACCAGCGUGCCGCGCUGACACGGUGCCUGUUCGCGGCGACGCCGACCGACUGCUGUGUGUGCAUGGAGGAUUUCGCGGCGGCGAUAGACGGCGACACCACCGUGAGGCUGCCGUGCUCCCACGCCUUCCACCGCGCCUGCAUUUUGCCGUGGUUUUACAAGGCGUCCACAUGCCCAAAGUGUCGCCAUGGCUUGUCCAUGUACCUUGAUGCCGCCACCGACACACCAAUGGGGAACUUCCCCGGCCUCCCCAAACCUUCCUGA